AUGCACUUAGUUGAAGAAAGUCCAACUAUUACAUUAUCUCUAGCAACAGAGGAAUAUACAGAAACAGUUCAGACAGCACCAAGUGUUCCUCCAAUGGCCGAUGUCAAAGUGAAGAAGCCCAGGAAUCGCAGUAAAGUUCCUUCUGAAACAAAUGAACAAGUCAAACCUCGCCAAACAACAUCCAAUGGCAAAAUGACCCACAUUCCUAUGCCAGACGUUUUGCCUCCCAUUACUGAGGUCCAUCGGAACACGUUGCGUUACUGGUGCCAACUAAUAAACUUGAGCUCUGGUGGACAGAAAUCAGACCUGUAUCUGAGGGUCCAGACAAACGCUUAUCCUGAUCAAAAGUAUCUUCCUGUCACUCCAAGGGAGGCUAAGAUGAAGAAAAGCAGUACUAAGGGACCAAGACUUCAGGAAAGUUCUAAUACAAUGGAGACACAGGAAAGGACCUAUGUAGCUGAAGUGGUCACGUCAGCUGAGGAGGCCAUAAUGGCAACUUGGACAAGAAUUUCUUCAAGAGCAGCUCAGCCUAAGGCUGUCAAUUCAUGUCGCAUUCCUCCUGCAGCUGAGACCUUUUUGCCGAAAGUCAUUGGUGGUAGAUGGUGUGUGGUCCAUGGCCGAGUUCUCCCCUCAGACGUAGAUGGUUGGGUUCGUCUGCAGUUCCACUCAGGUCAUGUCUGGGUGCCAGACAGUCCUCGAAAGAUGAUUUCUCUGUUGAUAUUACCAGCCUGUGUUUUUCCAUCUCCAGAAAUAGAAGAUAAUAUGCUGUGUCCUCAAUGUGUUCAGAGGAAUAAGAAGCUACUGAAAAGAUUACUAGCAUUGGGGAAGACUAAGAAGCCUAAUGUGAACACAGCAACAUCACUCUCUUUGAAAAGGCUUCCUGUUCAUGAAGUCAGGAUGGCUCUAGAAAACAGAAGAAGGCUGACAUUCAGUAGCCAAUUUUAA